AUGCGUGAAGUUAUUUCUGUUCACAUUGGUCAAGCAGGUACACAAAUUGGUAAUUCAUGUUGGGAGUUAUACUGUAUUGAACACGGUAUUCAACCUGAUGGAAGAAAAAUGGAAGAUUCUCCAGUUAAUGACUCAUUUAAAACAUUCUUUAGUGAAACAGGUGCUGGAAAAUAUGUACCAAGAGCUAUUUUUGUUGAUUUGGAACCAACAGUCAUCGAUGAAAUUAGAAAUGGUCCGUAUAAAACUUUGUUUCAUCCUGAACAAAUGAUUACUGGAAAAGAAGAUGCUGCAAAUAAUUAUGCACGUGGACAUUAUACAGUUGGAAAAGAAACAAUUGAUAAAACAAUGGAUAGAUUAAAAAGAGUUGCUGAUAAUUGUGAUGGUCUUCAAGGAUUUCUUGUUUUCCAUUCAUUUGGUGGUGGUACUGGUUCAGGAUUUACAUCACUUCUUAUGGAAAGAUUAUCAGUUGAUUAUGGAAAAAAAUCUAAACUUGAAUUUUCUGUAUAUCCAGCACCUCAAGUUUCUACUUCAGUUGUAGAACCAUAUAAUUCAGUUCUAACAACACAUUCAACACUUGAACAUUCUGAUUGUGCUUUUAUGGUUGAUAAUGAAGCUAUAUAUGAUAUAUGCCGUAAAAAUCUUAAUGUAGUAAGACCAUCUUAUGAAAAUUUAAAUCGUCUUAUUUCACAAAUUGUUUCUUCUAUAACAGCAUCUCUUCGUUUUGAUGGUGCAUUAAAUGUUGACUUAAAUGAAUUUCAAACUAAUUUGGUACCAUAUCCGAGAAUUCAUUUCCCACUUGCUACUUUUUCUCCUAUCCUUUCUGCUGAUAAGGCUUAUCAUGAAACACUUUCUGUAAUGGAUAUUACUAAUCAAUCAUUUCAAAAAGAUAAUCAAAUGAUUAAAUGUUCAAUGGAUCAUGGAAAAUAUAUGGCCGUAUGUCUUUUAUACAGAGGUGAUGUUAUACCUAAAGAUGUAAAUGCUGCUAUUGCUACAAUUAAAACAAAACGAUCAAUACAAUUUGUUGACUGGUGUCCAACAGGUUUUAAAGUUGGUAUUAACAAACAACCACUUGUUGAAGUUCCAGGAGGUGAUUUAGCAAAAGUUCCACGAUCUGUUUGCAUGCUUUCGAAUACAACAGCAAUUGUUGAAGCAUGGGCCAAUCUUAAUGCUAAGUUUGAUUUAAUGUACUCAAAAAGAGCUUUUGUUCAUUGGUAUGUUGGAGAAGGAAUGGAAGAGGGUGAAUUUUCUGAAGCCCGUGAAGAUCUUGCUGCACUUGAAAAAGACUAUUAUGAAGUUGCUCUCGAUGAAAACGAAGAACAAGAAGAGUACUAA